UGGGUUUACACGCCAAAAGACAAAAAAUGACUACAUCGAUACCUGUCUCAGCUCACCCAGAGAACCAUUUAAUCUGCUUAUUUUAACCUAACUGACCGACGCCGCUAAACUUGGUAUUUACCACCUCCCGUGUGCACCAAUAUGAGCAGUCCGUGUGUGUUAGCAGUCAGAGGAGUGAGCUCACAAAGUGCGCAGAGGGUCUUAUCUCGGUAGCUAGCGUUAGCCCGACAAAGCUGCCGUCUGUGGCCCGCCGUGGCUCUUUCACUCACGGGACAGGCACUUUUCAAUUAGACUCAGCACCAUGAAUCUCUUGCGCCUCGUGUGCCGCCACAAGACAGCCCUGGUCAUUGGCACUGUGUGCAGCUUUGCUGUCGUUCUCGUAUUCUUGGCCAAAUGUACCUCAGAAACCCUAAAACAGGGCCACCAAGAUCCUCCAGGCCUCGUCCCUCAUGCCAAUGGUUUGCAGUCCAAUCCAGAGCAGCAUAACCCCCCAUCCACAUCCAAAGACAUGUCAGCAUUCCUCGUUGUCCUCAUCACUACCGGACCCAAGUACACAGAGCGUAGGAGUAUCAUCCGCAGCACCUGGCUGGCCAAGCGGGACUCUGAUGUUCUGGCUAUGUUUGUGGUGGGAACUCAGGGGCUUUCCAGCGAGGACCUUCAGAACCUCAACACAGAGCAAGGGCGGCACAAAGACUUGCUCCUAUUGCCUGAUUUGCGAGAUUCUUACGAGAACUUAACGCUAAAGCUGCUGCACAUGUACUCCUGGUUGGACCAGAAUGUGGAGUUCAAGUUUGUCCUUAAAGCUGAUGAUGAUACAUUUGCUCGCUUGGACCUCCUAAAGGAGGAGCUGAAGGGGAAAGAGCCCAGCCGGUUAUACUGGGGCUUCUUCUCUGGGAGAGGGAGAGUGAAAACUGCUGGGAAGUGGCGGGAAAGCUCUUGGGAGCUUUGUGACUACUACCUGCCCUACGCGCUGGGCGGGGGCUACAUCCUCUCAGCUGACCUGGUGCAUUAUGUGCAUCUUAAUGCAGGUUACUUCAAGACAUGGCAGAGUGAGGACGUGUCACUGGGCGCCUGGCUGGCACCAGUGGAUGUUCGGCGGACACAUGACCCACGCUUUGACACAGAGUACAAAUCGCGUGGUUGCAACAACAAAUACUUGGUGACGCAUAAGCAGAGCUUGGAGGACAUGUUGGAAAAACACCAGACUCUGCAGCGUGAUGGCAGACUCUGCAAGGAGGAGGUCAAGCUGCGACUCUCCUAUGUGUAUGACUGGAGUGUGCCACCCUCACAGUGUUGCCAAAGAAAGGAUGGCAUUCCUUAAUUGUUGUCUUUUUCACAUGGCACCGAAGUUGGCUUCUGAUUCAUAUCUUUCUGGUUUGGAAAAGUUAAGGGAUACUUCUCCGGUCGUACACUAUUUAAAGUUAUGUAACAGGUCCCAGACAUCAUAGGAAGUGCCUCAGAGUUGAUAGAAAUCCCAUUUCAGAUUUGGAGAACCCUUUUUCUAUUUGUGAGAACAAAAAAAGGGGCAAUUUCAUUGCUUUUUAGUCAUGAAGGAGCAGGUCUAGCUGUUUCUUUUCUGUUUUCACAAGUUUGAAAUUGGGUUUUCAACAAUCAUUAGAGUUUUUGUGUUCAUUUAAAACACACUUGACAAAUAAAGGUUUAGUGGUUUUUGAACUGGACCUAGUCUGGAUGGAGGAAAAGCACUGCCAUUCUGUCAGUUUGAUGAGUCUUCCUUGUUUUUACAAUUAAAAUGAUAGUUUCACAAUUCUGAAAAGGGGCAUUAAACAACCUUCAAAAUUAAGUGCAAUCAGUUUUUUCUUUUUUCUGGACCUGGUUUAAUGUGAUCUGGAUGGAAAACAAGGAAUAAUAAUACACAGUUUUUCCUGAAUAGAAUGAGGUUUUAAACAGCAUUAAAGUUUUUCCUAUGAUAUCUGCUACAGGUUUCUCAGUUUUAAGUGGCGUAUUAAUGGGGAAUUGGCUGAAAAACAAUAGCCCUUAACUCUCAAACAGGAAGCCGAUUUCAGCCUCGUGCCCUUUUCAGCCAGUGAACUCCUUUGGUCUUGUUAUUUGGACCUGUCAGUGCUCUCCUCACCGCCAGUUUACCACGUUGGUGGCCUGUUUCUCUCCUCUGUCUCUGCUUCUUCUGCUGCACCUCUUGCUAAAUAUUUUCCAACACUAUGAGAAAUGUUUCACGGUUAUUUCAGUGUAAUAGAUUGUGCUGUACAGGGAGACGCAGACGGGAGAAUCUUACCCUGCCAUUAUGUCUACUUUUUUUGUGAACGCAGUUUUUAUUUGUAUUUUAUUUAUUGUUAACUUAUUCUGCAGCAAACACAAAUCACUGAUAAGUUUGGACAGAAGCACAGUGGCUGUGGUUGCUGCUUGUGAGUGGAAUUUGUAUUUAUAAACGUGUUUGGGAGAAAACAUGUAUAAUUCACGGAAUUGAUGUUCACUUUUACAUGUAAAACUUUUGUUUACGGUCAACGGUACAACAAGGUUUCAUGCGUUUGGAGUUGCAAAGAAUGUGUACGAGAAAAUGGUUGAAUGUGUUUUAUUCAGCAGGCCUUCUUUUUUCUCACACUGCAGCCAACGUCUGGAUUUUUACAUUUCCGAGGCAACAGUCAGUCACACUUUAAAGUUUAGGUCAAUACAUUUACUAUGCGGCGAUAUCAAAAUAUUUGUGAAUGUUUGUUCGCAGCGCACCACUGAUUCAGACUGAGAAACUUGAUAUAAAUACAAGCUGGCACUUGGUCACUUUUUAAAAUAUGAAAUGUAGUUUUAAAGUCCAUAAAUCAUGAUUCAGUGAUUUUUUUUUUUUUAAUGUUGAGCUCUCCAACCUGAACUUACCCUGUAAUGUCCCGAAAAUUGUGAAAUGUGAUUUAAUCGUUGAUUAAAGGGUAUGAUAUGUUGGAGCACCAACAUCUGAGGAAUGCUGCAAAAAGAGCCACGCCCGAGCUCGUUUCCAUGACAGCUGUUACGUAUUUUGUUAACAGUUUUCUCACUGUUGUCACAAGCAGAUUCUGAUUCAGUGCAACCUCCGUUUCAGUGUUUGUUUUCACGUACACGGUCAGCCUCCCUGGAUGUUUUAUUAAAAAUUUAAAAUGUA